AUGAGAUUGCUCUUCCUUCUCAUCAUCACCCUGGUAUGUACCGUACUCCCUUGUGCACCGCCCGGAUUUGUGCAGUCGAAUGACCCGUCACAAGUUGGUGCGCGAUGCUCCGAUUUGAUUCUCUACCCGGUUUCAGCUGUAGAUCAGACAGAUCAGUAUAGAUUCGACUAUAGUGAUGUCUCAUUCGGAAACACUCACGCGCAGGGAGCCACCGUCGCCAUAACAUGUACGACUGGCGGCCAAGCGGCCACUGUGGAGGGAUAUGACCAGCAACGAGCAUCGAUCUCUGCUGCUCCGUCCCUGCUCGCCACCUGCACCAACGUCGGCGGUUCACAGUACACGUGGACGAUUUUGGGACGAAUUUUGCAGUUUGUCGAUUGUCGAUUCUAA